AUGACUGGCGAAGAAAGCAAGCGAAAGAUCAAUCUCCAAACUCGUCAUGGUGGAUCUCGGGAGUCUCGCAGUCGAAGAGAUCGGCCUUGCGACAAAUGCAGGACUAGGAAGUCGGCUUGCGUAAUUACUGACAAACCCCCUUGUAUGGUUAUGGUGAAAAAGGGGAAUAAAGUGUUGUGUUGACGUUAUGACAUAGGUCGUUUUUGUGAGCUUCGUGGUCUCCAAUGCAGUUUCAACAUUGGCCCACGUAUAAGACACAGAAAGUUCACUGUGGAAGAUGGGAAUUCCAUAGAAAUUGAUAGUGAUGCAGCAACUCCAACUGAGGCAUGCUAUCCCGGAGAUCAUGAACCACCUCAAGAGUCUAAAUACCCCAUUUCUUCACGAAUCCAGGUUCAACAUCAACUUGCUUCGCCCACAGAAACUUUAUCACCGGCCUCUGAAAGAAGUGAAACUCGACCCACAACGACAACUAGACAAUAUCUCUCAUGGCAAGAACUCACUUCCGGUCCCGAAACCCCAGAAAUCGUCACUUCACCCACGGCAUUUCCAUUAAGACCAACCCCCGAAAGAAAUACAAGUCAACCUUCCCCACAUGAAAGAGAUCUUGCUCCAUUCUCGCUGGAAUGCGACAAUAAGUCUACAGCUCACUUCGUUGGGCUAUCAGGAGAACAAGAUACGAACCUCUUCUCUUCCAUACGAUAUAAUAUUUUGAACGAGACAAAUUUCCUCGACUUCAAUGUCCGUCAAGUCUACGCUGGGAAUCCAAGUACUGGUGCACCACCAAUACACUUCUCUAUUCUCCAAAACACAUUUCCGGUACGAGACCAACUCGUGAAACAAACUUCAUCUAGUGCCGUAGAAGCUCACAUCCAAGGACACGGAGACGCCCUGAUACGACUCUAUUUUCGCUUCAUCCACCCUAUUCUACCAAUCCUAUCAAAAUCUUCAUUUCUUGCCCAAUACACUACAGACAAACUUAGUAUACCUGCAUCAUUACGUGGAGCGAUAUAUGGACUUGCAUGCGCAUUCUGGCGCCAAGACACAACCCUCAAAAACCACCCUCCCAUCGCCCAAACCGCACUUUUCGAACACGCACAUGCGGCGCUUAACCGAGAACUGGAUUCCCCCAAGUUAUCCACCUUGCAAGCUUGCCUUCUGAUAAUCCACGAGCAGCCAGAUAUAAGUGCCUCCACUGAGAGUCCGAGAAUUUGGGUACUUGCCUGUCAAGCGACGGCUUGUGCUCAGAGUUUGGGCUUGCAUCAGGAUCCGACGAAUUGGAAGUUGCCUCUUUGGGAGAAAAGGUUGAGGAAGAGGUUAUGGUGGGCUACUGUUUUACAUGAUAUUUGGAUAUCGAUGUGUCAUGGAAAUGCUCCACAUAUUUCUAUUGGCUCUUUUGAUACUUCGGAGUUGGAAAUGGCUGAUAUGGCUUCGGAUGAAACCGUAGGUCCUGGUGGACAUGUGCUUGAAGAGAGAGAUCGAGGGUUUAGUCUUCAAAAUGCAGCACGAUUCUUGGCAAACAUAAGGUUGACAAUGGUACUGUGGGGUGUACUGAAAGAUGCUUAGUAAGUGAUCUUGAGCCUAGUCCUACUCUCAUUCGUUCUAAUUUGUUAGUACUCUUCAAGAUUAUCGCCAAAUAGUGCAAAAGCUCGACUUGGGAAGUCAUGAAGCUAUGCUUUUGGAUUAUAAGAAUCAGAUGAAUCGAGUUCUGUCCACAAUACCAGAAGCUCUGGCUAUAAAAUUUUCAAUAGCAGGGAGUAAAACUAAUGGUAUAAAAAUCUGCUUCAUUGGUCGUCACAAAUAUGCUCACAGUCCUAGGCUUCUUCCACCUUUCCAUCUUCACACUCAAAUUCUUCAUACUACGUCAGCUUAUGGCUCCCGCAACACCCGAGGCAAAAUCUGACCCAGGUUCGGCCCUUUGUAAGUACCAUGGAGAAGCACUUCAAGAAGGGGAAGCAUUCUUACAAUUUAUCUCCCAGGCGCUUGCCGUAGAUCUAGAAACCUUCUGGCCUCGUUGUAAGCUCCACAGUCAUGUUUUAGUGGGUCCUCGCUAAUGUGCUUCGACAGAUAGUCGUAGUAACCUAAUAGUUGGGGGAAAUCAUCUGAUAUAUCUUUUCUUCUGUGCGUCGACAGAAACACAAGUCGCGAAGGCAUAUGAGAUGUUACAGAAAUACCAAGAUGUUCUUAAUAAAGCGACGAAGAUUACAGAUUGGAGUACAAUUGGUCUCAUCAGACCUUCUCUUCUGAGGACAGACUCGUUUUUUCGUGGUGCAGCGGAAGGUAUCAGGCAUUUCUCUAGACAUUAG